UGAAAUUCUAUGGGGGGUGAUUGCAGGCUUGCAGCUUUGCAGCCGAGCGCUCUCUUCCAAGCCCACACACGGCCACGAUAAACUACGGCAGCCAUGGGCAAACCGAAGCGUGCCGCCGUUCUCGCCGCAGCGCAGGAAUCGACCAGUCCUCCAGACGAAUUAACCAACACGCAAUUCGUCUCGCGUGUCAUCCAAGCCGAGGGCAACAGCCUCUACACAUGCGAGUUGCCUAGUGGGAAAACCGCCAUCGUCGAGCUCGAGCCCAAGUUCCGCAACACCAUUUUCAUCAGGCGAGGCGGUUAUGUGCUGGUAGACUUAGAGUCGGCGAAAGAACGGCUGAAGACCAGCAAAGUGAGCGGCGAGAUUAUCAACAUCGUGCGCGACGAGAAGGCGUGGCGGAAGCAGCCGUACUGGCCGAGCAAGUUCGCUAAAAACACGUACGGCCAAGACGAUGACGAGGACUCGACCGUCGGCAAGAUGCCGCCUAGCGACUCGGAAGAGGAGUGAUCUUGAGCAUGCUAGCUGA